UACAGUAACACACGGCGCGGCGCUAGAUGGACAACACUGACCACGACACUGUGCAAGUCACGCUGGACGCAGACUGAGGUCGGGUGUAUAUAAGGUGACCUCUGCAGAAGUGCUCAGUGUUGUCGCCUUCCCCCACGUGGAAUACUCUACACAGUUUGACAGCGAAGCGACAUAAUGGAACCGGUGGUGACGUCUGUGGGGGCCGAGGCUGCUAUGGGGGCAGUGUCGUCCACAGCGGUGUUCGUCUACCUGCUAGUACCCGCCCUAGUGCUGUGGUACCUCUACCACCGCCUCAGCAACCAUCAUCUGUACGAGCUCGGCAACAAGCUGCCGGGACCUCCCGCCCUGCCGGUCCUCGGCAACGCCCUGGAGUUCUUAGGCCUCUCCAGUCACAGGAUGUUCCAAAAACUAUAUGCCAGAAGUUUUGAGUACGAGAACAUCGCGAGGUUAUGGAUUGGACCACGACUGUUCGUUUUCCUCUCGGACCCAAGAGACAUAGAGCUAAUUCUGGGAAGCACAGUCCACAUCGACAAAAGCCCGGAGUACAGGUUUUUCAAGCCCUGGCUUGGCAACGGCUUACUGAUCUCCACCGGAGAGAAGUGGCGAGCACAUCGCAAGCUGAUAGCACCGACUUUCCACUUGAAUGUUCUCAAAUCUUUCCUUGAUCUCUUCAACGCCAACAGCCGAGAUGUCGUCGAGAAGCUUCGCAAGGAGGGCGAGAAGGAAUUCGAUUGCCAUGACUAUAUGAGUGAAUGCACGGUGGAAAUUUUAUUAGAAACCGCUAUGGGAGUCAGCAAGAAAACACAAGACAAAAGCGGAUUUGAAUACGCAAUGGCUGUUAUGAAGAUGUGUAAUAUUCUGCAUUUGAGACAGACAAAGGUUUGGCUCAGACCUGAACUGCUGUUCAAGCUAACACGAUACGGAAAGGAUCAAGUACACUUAUUGGAUACGAUUCACAGCUUAACGAAAAAGGUACUGAAGAGGAAGAAGGAAGAACAUCAAAAGGCAAAGAAGUCAAUAUUAGAAAAAUCAUCUCUUGAAAAACUAAUUGCACAAGACGAAGAAAAGCUGAAAGAAAUGAAAACUAAGGCCUCUAAAUCGUCUGCAGAAGACAAGUUUUCCUAUGGCCAAGCUGCCGGACUCAAAGACGACUUGGAUGUUGAAGAUAACGAUGUGGGUGAGAAGAAGAGAUCAGCCUUCUUGGAUUUUAUGAUUGAAUGUGCUCAGAAUGGAGUUGUCCUCACCGACGAUGAGAUCAAGGAGCAGGUUGACACCAUUAUGUUUGAGGGCCACGAUACCACAGCAGCCGGAAGCAGCUUCUUUUUGUGCAUGAUGGGAGCCAGGCCUGACAUUCAGGAAAAAUGUCUUCAAGAGGUUGAUGCCAUUUUUGGAGACUCAGACAGGCCUUGUAGCUUCCAGGACACUCUGGAAAUGAAGUAUCUGGAACGCUGCAUCAUGGAAACUCUUCGAAUGUACCCACCAGUGCCAGUAAUUGCUCGAGAGAUCCAACAAGAUCUGCAGCUAGCCUCCAUGGACAAAGUAGUGCCAGCACACUCAACGGUGGUGAUUGCCACAUUCAAACUGCACCGCCGCCCUGACAUCUACAAUAAUCCUGACCACUUCGACCCGGACAACUUCCUGCCAGAAAAGUCUGCCAGCAGACACUACUACUCCUUCAUUCCCUUCAGUGCAGGGCCCCGAAGCUGUGUUGGGCGGAAGUACGCCAUGCUGAAACUCAAGGUCAUCCUCUCGACCAUUCUGAGGAAUUUCAAGGUAGUCGGUGGGAAGAAACAGCCCAACUGGCAGCUCCAAGCCGAUAUAAUCCUGAAGAGGACAGACGGGUUCAACAUCAAGCUUGUACCCCGUAAGAGAGGAGUCGAGGUGCAGUCGACCGCCUAGACACCCUAAAGUCAAUAUCUCAAAGUGUGAUCGUUGUUGAAGUUUAGCAAAUAUAUUUAUUAUCCUGUUU